AUGCCUUACAUGGGGGGAGGCACCAAGACUGGAAAAGGAUUAGAGUACCUAAUCGAGAACCACCUCACUAAAGCUGCUGGAAGCAGAGCCAGCGAAGGCGUCCCCCAGGUUAUUAUAGUGUUAACGGACGGACGCUCCCAGGAUGAUGUGUCUCUGCCAUCAUCUGUCCUUAAAUCGGCCCGUGUAAACAUGUUUGCGGUCGGCGUGCAGGAUGCAGUGGAAGGGGAGUUAAAGGAAAUAGCGAGCGAACCCUUCGAUACGCACCUUUUCAACCUAGAGAAUUUUACCGCUCUCCACGGCAUAGUUGGAGACUUAGUGGCGAAUGUCCGUUCAUCCAUGACUCCAGAAAAAGCUGGGGCCAAAGGACUGGUUAAAGACAUCACAG